AUGGGAGCAACGGAAAAGGUCACCCUGCAAUGGGGAAGAGGCUCGCUAGCCUCCAGGGCCGCUCGGAAGAGAGCCUCCGCUGAGGGGGAAGUGGAGCGGCCGUACACCCACCACGGCGCCCGCAGACCCUCGGGCUCGCGUCCCUCCUGUCCGUCCUCCGCUCGCGGCCCCUGGCGGCGGGCACGGAGAGCCGCCCGCGGCGCAUGCGCGGUGGUGUUGCCUGCUCCGCCGAGCGCGCAUCGGAGAGUUCGGGGGCAGUCAGCGGCGUGGCGGCAGCGCCGGGCUGGCAGCGUUCGGCUACCUCCGCUGCCUGCAUACCGUCUACCGGCGGGUCCUCACCUCGGUUUGCAGCGACUUGAUAUUUGCAAGUUCCCUGCCUUGACAGUAAUCAUCAUGGAUAGUGUAUUCUUAACAGAGGACAAAGCCAAUUCUUUGUUAAAAAGAUACCCAAGAGCCAACACGUUUCUGGAAGAAUUAAAGCCAGGUGACAUAGAACACGAAUGCAGAGAAGAAAUCUGUAGCUAUGAAGAAGCAAGAGAAGCAUUUGAAAAUGAGGAAAAAACGAAGGAGUUCUGGAAAGUCUACAAAAAUGGACUUCAGGGAGAAAGUAACACAGGACAUUCCUGGUAUUCAUUUUACCUUGCAUUUCCAUUAAUCAUUGGCCUUUUUGUUAUCCUCAUUGUCAUUUUUGUCAUCUGGAGAUGCCUGUUUAAAAAGAAAAUGCGUAGACAGUCGGUGUACGUGCACAGGGGAGCCCACGAAGCGAUGGGUGAUGGUGCUGUGGCUGACGGCAGAGGUCCUCUUCCACCGCCUCUCAGCAUUGUUCAUUCCCCACAGGAGGAAAUGUAUGAAGUCAGUGGGCUCUCUCCAGGAGGUUUGAGCUAUACAGAUGGACGAUCAGACUCAAUAUCCACAAGGCUCUCAAACUGUGAUCCUCCUCCUUCGUAUGAGGAAGCCACUGGUGAAAUCAGUAUGAGAAGUGAAACUGAACAACAUUUAGAUCCACCUCCACAAUAUGAAGACAUUGUGAAUUCCACUUCAGCCAGUGCAGUUGCACUAUCUCCUGUUGGCACCAGUACUAAGUAA